CUCCAACCUCACUUGAUUUUUCCAACGGAAGUCCACGCUGUCGUUCUUUCUAAAAUCCGUAUUUCCAACUCGCAAGAUUUUUCCAUAAUUUUAUCUUCCAAUUCUUUUUUAUUGGUAGUAUUUUCCAAAAACUUGUCUUCUAAUUUGGCUGUACUUUCGUUUUUCUAAGAGAUCGGCACAAUUUUCCAGGAGCUUGUUUUCUAACUUGGUCGAAAGAUUUUGCAGCAUUAAACUUAGAUCCCCUGCACCGGUAAAAAUGAAAAUAUCCGGGUCCUCACCUUCCUCAAUCUUGACGAAGCUGCUCCUGCAAUUCCGCUUUCUAUCCAGCCGUAUCGCACUCUCUUUCCUCGACCUCUCUCUUUAAAUCGGCAAUUUUCAAAUCAACCAAUCGCGCCAUUCUUCCUUCACUGAUCGUCCGACUUAUUUUCACUAAAUGUCCUAAAAUCCACACCCCACACCUGACACCAAUGUAGCGUUUUUCUGGGUUCUUUUGGGUGUGGAUUAAAACACCAGAUUCCAAAAAAGAAAUGCACUAAUUUAUUUAACUAGAUAAAACAUUUAUAUGCACCACUAUUUAUGUCUAAUUCUUAUGU